AUGUCUUCAUCCAACCCCACUCUCCCACCCAUAUCGACCCUCUCCUCCCUCCCAAUCGCCCAACAACUCCAAGUCCUCGAUACCCUCUUCGAGCCCUCUCCCGAACUGCACACGCUCAUGACCCCCGUGCUAGCGAACCAAUCCUUCUCUUCGUACGACAGCCUGGUCGACGCCGUCGGUGGCCGUCUGUCCGCCCUCUCCGCGGCCAACUCGCCGCAAGACAGGCAAGUUCUGUACGGAAUUCUGGGGUCGCACCCGCGUCUGGGAGCUUCCUCAGCGGCUGCGCAAGCGCAAUUGAGUGAGCUGAGCAGGAGAGAGCAGGCGAAUAUUAACAACGACAAUGCGGGGGCUGAGGAUCAAGCAACCAAACUGAGCGCAUUAAAUCAAGAAUACGAGGAGAAGUAUCCGGGACUGAGAUAUGUCACUUUCGUCAACGGUCGAGGCCGAGACGUCAUCAUGCAGGAUAUGCGCCGUCGUAUUGACCGCGGCGACUUUGAUCGGGAGGUGGAAGAUAACAUCCAGGUUUGUUAUGCAGUGCCAUUAACGUCGUGUAUUCAGUAUAAUAAAUGUGAAAAAAGUCCUAUUCAAAUGAAUGCGCAGAAUCAUGGCUGUUUAUUGAUCCUCCUCAUUCCUCCGUCGAUCCUCUCCCUCGCGGGUCCACUUCCAGAACAGCAAGCUGUCAAACGCAGCCAGCGAGUCAUGGUCGUCGAGAACCGGCUCCGACGGCUCGAGGAGGAUGUUGUUGAAAUCGCUGUAGAUCAGCUCGUGCCCAUGAUCAUCAUCAUCACCGUCGCUACCGCCGUCUUCGUUGUCGAAUACGCUGUAGUCAUAGUUUGUGAGACUCAAUGGGGAUCGCGGCUGGAGAGGAAUAUACUGUCUUCGUGGCGGGCCUGGAGGAGACAAUGGUCCGCUGCUGCUGUCACCGCCAGGACCAGCAUCCCACGGUUGAUAACUGUUUCUGAGUUGAAGCGCUCUCCGCUGCACCCGGUUCAGGAUGGCCGCUUUCCGGAGGGAACAUCGACCAAGACCAAGGGCCCUUUGUCUCGCCCAGACUGCAAUCUUGGACGUGCCGCGACUGACGAUGUAGGUGGCUGGAAUCGAGAACGGGGGGCUCAGCCGGGAGGUGAUCAGGACCAGACGCAGACGACGUUUCUUCUUUGCGCUGGGGGUCGAGUGAAUAAUGCCAAUGUGAGACGUGCCCAGACGAACAGUGAUGGUUCACCAUCACCACUCAAUAUUUACAGCGCAGGAAUCGUUCGGUUUUGCAAAUGGUCAAUGAAUUCAGACGCGAGGAAAGCGCCCUCAGACCUACUGACAGGAGCUGACAAGAAUGUUGGUGCUGGUUCCGAAAACUCCUUCUCGCUCCUCCAGAGGACAUGGCUGGAGACGAUAGAGGUAAAAAAAAAUGAAAGGAAUGAAAGGAAUGACGCUGGUCCUUUGUUAAACGACGAAUUCCAACUGCAAGUAUUAAAGUAA